AUGGCUGAUCCUGGAAAGAGAGGAGGGAUCUACCGCCCCUUGAACCUCACCUGCUCCCUCCUCAUUGUGGGAAUGUGCUGUGUGACUCCUCUCUUCUGCCACAGCCAGACAGACCUGCUGGCUCUUAACCAAGCUGAUCCCCAGUGCUGGGAGUCUUCCUCAAUGCUCCUCCUCGAAAUGCGGAAGCCUCGAAUUUCCAACACUGUGUCAGGUUUCUGGGAUUUUAUGAUCUACCUGAAGUCAUCUGAGAACUUAAAGCAUGGGGCACUGUUUUGGGAUCUGGCCCAACUAUUCUGGGACAUCUAUGUGGACUGCAUCCUCUCUAGGAACCAUGGCUUAGGAAGGAGACAGCUGGCUGGAGAGGAAGAGAAGAUCUCAGCCUUGCAUCCAGAGCACACAGGGAGAAAACAAGGUGCAUAUUUCCAGCAACUAAGAAUCUCCUCCCUGAAGAAGAAAGAGUUGAUUGAUUUGCUAAGCCUGCAGAUGCGCAGGAGCGGGUCUAAGUUCAUUGGAAAAGCAAGCAGUGGUCUGGAAAUAAAGAGAAAAUAA